AAAACAACAGUAAAAAGACAGUGAAAAAUGAGAAAUGAGCAAGAUACUUUUUGAAGAAUUCUGUGUUGGACUGACUAUCAUCAUGAAGAAAAACUUCAAAGGCAAGAGUUCAUAACACACUUCAAUAUGAACAUUUGUAACAUUCAUGACAAAAAAAGGUCUAUCCAUCUAUUCAUUUGCAAUAAACUCACUUCCUUUACUUAUAACCCUCUUUAGCAUGAGGUCGAUUAAUAAAGCUAGGAGGUGGAGGAACCUUAUCAGAUCGCUGAUUAUGCUGGAGAGUGUAUAAAUACUGAGGAAACAGUGAAGGUCACCACAGACCUGACGAAGAAACAUUCUGACUGCACCAGAAUCAGCCGGCUAUUUCACACUUAACAGAUAUUUAGUAAAUAAAACCAUUUAGUUGUAGCGAUGGCAAUGUUCGGCAAGGUGCUGGAGCCGGUGGGCUACAUGCAGACCAUGAGGACUCUGGUGGAGGGCAUCUGUACCUACCUGGGUGGCAGUGCCUCAGCUGAAGAGACAGACCUGGCCAGGAAGAACUUGGACUACAUAGACCAGGAGCUGGCUGCUGCAGGGCCGGGCCUGCUGACCGACCAGGAGGUCCAUCGGCUGGAGGAUGACCUGGCCGUGGUCUAUUACCAGCUGGGCGCAGUCGUCAGGGCCCAGUCUGAGUUCACCAAACGGGAGACAGAGGUGUUUCUCCAGUAUGUUCAGGAGCACCGGCUGGAGAGGCAGCUGACGGCACUCCACAGCCGGCUGAUGGGGGUGUCGGUCCUGACAGACCAGCCGACCCUGCUGGAAGAGCUGGUCCAGAGCCGCAAGCCCAAACGCUGGGAGAUGAGGGAGUUCUGUGUCAAGGUGAAUUUUGUCCUAGGCACGGGUCUGCUGUGCCUCUUCACCCAGGCCUUCCUUACGGGCCGAGAUCAGGCCCUGCUGAUGAAGACCUGGUCUGAGCGCAUGGGUGCCCUCUACAGGAAGAUGAAGACCACUGGGGGUCGCUGUUCGGGCUACUUCCUACAGCAGGCGGAGGAAGAUGUGCGUCAGCAGCUGCAGGAGGCCAUGCAAAGCCGUUCAGCUCCCGAGGAGGCGGCAGCCGGCAUUCUAAAGACCCUGGAGAAGAACUACGACUGGCUGCGCUGGGCCGUCAUGGUGCACCCUGCCAUGGGGCCCUUGGAGGAGGAGGAUGGGGGGGAGGGCCGGGGGAACACACUACAGCCCAACCACUUCUUGUCCGUGUCAUCUGAGGCACCAUGCCCUCAUGUGGUGGCCUGCUACCGUGACAUGCCCACCUCGCUGGACAAGAACCACAUCCACCAGCUGAUCGUGGACCUGGAGUGGAAGAUCCCCAAUCCACCUCCAGAGGUGUAUGCUGCCAUCGAGGAGGACCCAGGGAAGGCCCGACGCUACCUGGCCUCUCGCAUGCUGAAGAAGCUGCAGGAGGGGCUGGGCUCAGCGGUGGCUGUCCAUGUGGUGCCGGGCAAGAUGGAGAUGAAGUGUAACUUCCCCCAAGCCUCCUACUACCUGUACGAGUACAAACAUAGGCUGGCCUCGGGCACCUUGUGUGUGUUUGGAUAAGAGAGAGGGGGGCUGGCUAGUCUUGCAGGCUUAGGUUCAGCUGCUGCAUCUGCUGGGGCUGGGCACACAUGAAUGAAUACACUACUUAAAAAACCUCCAGAUGUUCAGUCAACUGAAACUAUGUUUCCCUUUUUAUUUCAGCUGUUUCAUAACCAAAUAGACCUUGUUUUAUGUAACUGAAAUUUCUUCACAAUAAACGAUUAGAAAAA